CCAAUCAUUUCAUUUAAAUAUCUCUUGUCUUCAAUCUUCAUCAUCUCUCCUUCUGUUGUGCAUCACCCACGCGAACAUAACUUCCACUACAACUAGAAAUUAUUUUUGUUUUUCAUUUUCUUCCUUUAUUUCUACGUUUAACAACCCAGCAUUCCACCAAUGGGAUUUGGCUAUAUUUUCAUCUUCAGUCUUGUAUUUCUCUUCUCACUUACAAACACCAUAGCUAACCAGUCUGAGUUCUUCAAACUUAUGAAAAAAUCUCUUUCCGGAAACCCUAUGGCUGACUGGGAUGUCACAUCCGGAAAAAAUGUCUGCAACUACACAGGAAUAAGCUGCGACAGUAAAGGGUACGUAGUGAAGGUUGAUAUUUCUGGGUGGAACUUAUCUGGCCACUUCCCGGAAAACAUAUGUUCUUACCUGCCGGAACUGAAAAGCUUGAAUAUUGGCCAUAAUGAUAUCCAUGGUGACUUCCCUUACAGUAUUACCAACUGUUCGUUACUGGAAGAACUGACAACCACACAUACAAAUCUCGCCGGAAAAUUGCCUGACAUGUCAUCCAUGGUAUCCCUGAGGUUUCUUGAUAUGUCAUCAUGUUCCUUCACCGGAAAAUUCCCCAAGUCUCUUAUAAACCUCACCAAUCUUCAAGUGGUGAACUUCAAUGAAAACGGUGGUUUUGAGCCGUGGAGCUUGCCGAUUGAUAUUUUCCGGCUGACAAAACUCAGGUCAAUGAUCUUGAGUACGUGCAUGGUGAGUGGUUUAAUCCCGAAAAGCAUCGGGAACAUGACGUCUCUUGUUGAUCUUGAAUUGAGCGGGAAUUUUUUAGUGGGUCCGGUUCCGACAGAAAUCGGUUCGCUUCCAAACUUGCAAUUAAUCGAGCUUUACUACAAUCAACUAACCGGUGGGAUACCGGAAGAGCUUGGUAACCUGACGGGCCUCACUGACAUCGACAUGUCUGUCAAUAAGUUAACCGGAAGUCUGCCGGAAUCCAUAUGCCGCCUCCCGAAUCUCAGAGUAUUGCAGUUUUACAACAACAGUCUCACCGGAGAAAUCCCACGUGUGCUUGAGGAGUCAAAGAGUUUGGUGAUGUUAUCCCUUUAUAGCAACUACUUGACAGGUGAAGUUCCAAGGCACCUAGGAAGAUGGUCGCCUCUGGUGCUGUUUGACUUGUCGGAAAACCAGUUGACAGGAGAAUUGCCACCGGAGAUAUGCAAUGGAGGUAAGUUGAAUUACUUGCUAGCCCUUGACAACAGGUUUUCUGGUGUGUUGCCGGAAAGUUACAGCAAAUGUGUCUCUGUAAUACGUUUCCGACUUAGUUCCAACAUGUUGGAGGGAAACAUACCAGAAAAGAUUCUGAGCCUCCCGUCAGUAUCCAUCAUCGAUCUGAGUGACAAUUUUUUAAGCGGUUCAAUAACUCCAUCUCUCGGGAAUGCUAAAAAUUUGUCAGAAUUGUUUUUACAGAAUAAUCGCAUCACCGGAGUUAUCCCUUGUGAAAUUUCUCAAGUUUAUAAUCUUGUAAAGAUUGAUCUUAGCAAUAACCUCAUCUCGGGUCCUAUUCCUUCAGAAAUCGGCCACCUCAAAAGGCUCAAUCUCCUCCUGCUGCAAGGAAAUAAACUUACUUCCCACAUUCCUAAUUCACUUUCCUCACUAACAUCUUUAAAUGUUCUUGAUCUUUCAAGAAAUUUGUUAACCGGUUCAAUCCCGGAAAGCUUCUGUGAUUUGCUUCCAAGCUCGAUGAACUUUUCAAACAAUCAUCUUUCAGGGCCGAUACCCCUCUCGUUCAUCAAAGGAGGACAACUCGAGAGCUUUAUAGGCAACCCAAAUCUGUGUAUUUCCGAGUACCCCAAAUCAUCAUCAGAUAAAAAUCAAAAUUUCUCCAUUUGUGGCGAGGCUUACAGUAGAAAAAAAGUGGAUUACAUUUGGGUUAUAGGGAUUUCAAUCGGGGUGGUUGUCAUUGGGGGUGUUGUGUUUCUACAACGUUGGUUUAGUAAGGAAAACGAUGUUGUAAAACACGAGGAAACAUGGUCAUCUUCAUAUUGCUCGUACAAUGUGAAAAGCUUUCAUCGGGUGAGUUUUGAUCAGGAAGAAAUAGUGGAAGCCAUGAUUGAUAAGAAUGUGGUGGGGCAUGGAGGGUCGGGAACUGUUUAUAAGAUUGAGCUGAGCAACGGAGAGGUGGUUGCUGUUAAGAGACUUUGGAGUCAGAAAAGCAAAGCAGCAGAUGAAGGCUCCGAUGAGCAGCAGCAGCAGCAGAUUAUGAAUAGAGAGCUAAAAACAGAAGUGGAGACUCUAGGAAACAUAAGGCAUAAAAAUAUAGUAAAGUUGUAUUGCUAUUUCUCAAGCUUUGAUUGUAACUUGUUGGUAUAUGAAUACAUGCCGAAUGGGAACCUAUGGGAUGCACUUCAUACAGGGAAAUGUCUUUUGGAUUGGCCGACACGUCAUCAGAUUGCACUUGGGGUGGCACAAGGUCUUGCCUAUCUCCACCACCAUCUUAUGCCGCCAAUCAUUCACCGAGACAUCAAGUCAACCAACAUCCUCCUUGACCAAAACUUCCAACCCAAAGUAGCUGACUUUGGCAUCGCCAAAGUUCUCCGGGGGGCUCGAGGAAAAGACUCCACCACCACACUCGUUGCAGGCUCCUAUGGCUACUUAGCACCAGAGUAUGCAUAUUCCUGUAAAGCCACAACAAAGUGCGAUGUCUAUAGUUUUGGGGUGGUGUUGAUGGAACUCAUUACUGGGAAGAAGCCCGUCGAGAUGGAGUUUGGAGAAAACAAGAACAUCAUAUAUUGGAUUUCAACCAAAGUGGAAACAAAACAAGGAGCAAUCGAGGUUUUGGACAACACACUUUCUGGUUAUUUCAAUGAUGACAUAAUUAAGGUUCUUCGUAUAGCCUUUCGAUGUACAUGCAAGACAGCUGCCCUUCGUCCUAGCAUGAAUGAGAUUGUUCAGUUGCUCAUUGAGGCUGACCCUUGUAAAUUCCAAUCAUGCAAGUCUCCCAACAAGACCAAACAACCACUCAUCAAGUGAAUCAUGUAUAUCAUCGUC